AGCAGCUAAUAGCAGAUAUCAGACUUAAAGAGCAUGGAAAGCAAGAGAGAACAGAAUCGAUCACCUACCUGCUUUACUUGGUCCUGCCACGAGCUGCCGUAAACUAUUAUGUCCAAUCUAUUAGCAUAGCCUUUAUUUGCUUAUCCAGUCACCAAAGGGACUUGCAGAUGAGUGAAUGUUUCAGGCUAUAAAUGCCCAGGCACCAUUGCUACUAAGCUCAUAGCCUGCAGCUUCAGGACUAGCUUGUAACUUCAUGAAACAGAAUUUGUUUUCACUAUGACUCUUGAAGAAAGCAUUGCAGAGAAAAGCAUUGAGAGGAUGCAGUGUGCUGGGAAAGCAUUGGAAGAGCUUCUGGUCUCUGCACAAAGUCAGGAAUGUCUGACAGCUGGAGUCUAUGAGUCUGCCAAAGUCAUGAAUGUUGUAUACAACCCUAGCCUUGUGUUGUUUUUUAAUGCAGCGAUCUCAACUCUAGCAUGCUGUGUUCUGGCAACUGAUGAGGAGUAUGAAUGCGACAUCUCACUGCAAAUCCACUUCACCUUAAUCCAGGCGUUCUGCUUUGAUAACGGCAUCGACAUCGUGAGAGUGAAUGACACCCAGAGACUGGCUGAGAUUCUGGUCAAUACUGAUGAGUCUGGCAAACCUAAAGAUGUGCAUUGCAUUCUCAUCACGAAUCCAAGUGAAGAUACGUUUGAAGACCCUGCUCUGGAAAAGCUGAGCUUGUUCUGUGAGGAGUGUCGCAGCGUCAAUGAAUGGGUCCCUGCUAUCACACUCCCUGAGCAUUGAACUGAGACACAUCAACUCCUGUUGGGGAUGCAUAACCUUCGUUUAAUUAUCAUCAUGGAAUACAUGGGUGACCCAUCAAAUUCCUGAAGUCUGUGGAUUAUCCUGUUGAGGAAUCAGAUGAGGAAUCGGGAAGUCGCUGGAACAGGCGUGCUGAAGAGCCUUGCGAUGCAGAUGGACGGUUCAUACCAAGGUGCCCCCACUUUCCAGACGGAGUGGAGGCUGGUAUACCUGAAAAGAGUGUACUUGAGUUUGAGGUCUGUGUGGAGACUUUUCAGAGGUAUAAAAGAAAAAGAGGGCUGUGGGAGAAGCCGCCCUGAAGUAACUAAGUUAAAAACAAGAACAAGAAUAAAAAUGUAAAACAAAAUAUCAAUUAUAAACUGAUAUACUGUUACUCUUGGCUGUGGGGACUGUCGAGAGUCACAAAAUCUGUUAGAAAUUGUGAAAUACAAGUAACAAACAAAAACUUAUUUUUGAAAGUACUAAUGUGCAAGAUUUCUUUUUCAUAUAAAACCCAUAAAAAAAUACA